AUGACUGGCAUUUGCCCACAGCCUCAGGUUUUAUGUGACUGUCGUCCUGCUGAAUGGCAGUUUUGCGCAGCACCUUUUAUCGUCCAGUCUUCGAGGCGGGAUAACAUGGCCCCAGCCUGCCGCAGUGGCUGCUGCUUAUCACUGAGCGGAGGUGGUUCUGCGCACAAGCCUUGUCUCGUGAGGAAGAGUCCAAGCAGCUGGGAGCGCUCAGAGGGCGCUUCCCGAGACAUCUGCCGCACACGCCUGCUGGCCGCCCUGGGGACGCGGGAGCAGCCUUCCCCGGGUCUUUCCAAACAGCCGAACCAGGCCACGGGGGGCGAUCACGACGCAUUUUUUCCUGAAUCACUUGUAAAAUGGAGGUACUGCACUCCUUUACCCCUAAAUAUCCAGGAACGGGCUUGUCUGCAGCUCAUCGGCGUCCCGGUGCACUCGCCACGUGAACCACGAGAAGUAACUGAAAUUAAUGAAGCUCUUGUAGAAAAUCCAGGACUUAUCAACAAAUCUUGUUAUGAAAAUGGUUGGCUGAUCAAGAGAACACUCAGUAAUGCUUCAGAACUGGAUGCAUUAAUGAGUGAAGAAGCAUACGAGAAAUACAUAAAAUCUAUUGAAGAGUGA